AUGGUGAGCAGCAAGGUCUAUGUGAGUUGCGGAAAUUUGUUCUGGGUCAACAUCAGAAAGAUGGUGACCCCAUCUGUGCCUGUGAACAAAAAGUCACUGAAGCUCAUGCAGCAGGCAUUCUUCGACUCUGGGCCCCAGAAACUUGGUUUGGAGGUAGUGGUGGCUGUGAGCAACCAGACGCAGAAGAGUGAUGGUUUCAUGAAAGCCGCCCGCUCCUCACUGCUUCAGCGCAUCUCCCCCGAAGAGAUGGACCAUGCCCUCAUCCUCCACAUUGCGCAGAGAAUUCGGGACGGUGCCACCGAAGAAGAACUCAGGAGCUGGCGCAACGUGUGCUUGAGCAUCAGCCUGCGGUGCGAGAAGUUGGAUAACGGCUUGCAGUGGCGACAGCUCAACCUCCGGAAUGCCUACGUCGCGACUUACGAAUCAUGCUCAAGGUCGACGGUGCAGCUGGUUUUCGAAGUCAUCAACCUCAAAAGGGAUUUGAACCUGGACAACAGCGCCUUGGCACAGCUUUGGGCUAAGAACACAGUGGCGACCGACUCCGAGCUCCAGGAGAAGGUCGACACCGCCUGGGUCAAUACGGCCGUGAAUGUGUACGUGAAGCUUCUCGGCAAGGAUGCUUGCUACAGCAUUGUGCACGAGCUGGAGCUGCGCUACGGUAAGAGUUGCCUGUUCAACUUCAUGCAGACCUUGGAGGUUUUGGCCAACAAGACCUCGGACACAGACGAGAUGCUGUGGCUGCUGGAAUGCAUCAAAGAUGUGCUGUACACCAAACAGUUCAGCAACAAAGACCUGUCCAGUCGCAAGCUCGCUGGAGGAAGGGGUGGAGGUGCGCGAGGCCUUCUGGAUGAAUGGCUUGCGAAACGUGGGAUGGCCCUCUUUCUUCUGAAGCACGUCGGGGAGAAGGGACUAGCCUUUGACAAGGUCCAGAACCUCGACAAGUUUCGCAGUCACUCCCACUUUCGCUCCAUGUGCGGAGGUCUGCCUGGAAGCUCCGCUGACUUGAGCUGGCAGGGAGCGAUAAAGAAGAGGGCGAGAGAGAUGGAGUCUAUAUCUGCCUUCCUGGCGAGACAGGUCGCGAUCUUCAGCGCAGACCUGGACCCUCAGCUGAAGCAAGCGCUGAAGUCGUGCACGGCUCCUAAGGACAUCAUGAGCAAGGAGCCCUUCGAAGGCAUGCUUCGGGAAAUCGACGAGCUCAUCGAGCAGUUGUGCAAGAAGCCCGCAGCGGAAGUGGCCGAGCCCCCGGCCCCCGUCGCAACGACCGCCACAGCCCCACUGGGAUCUUCGCUGGACACCCUCCUAGGGCAGGAACAUGUUGCCGGCGAGCAUGGGGAGACCUUCGAGAAGUUCUUCCAGGAGGCCACAGAGACGGUGGACAAGUUCGUGAAAUUGAUUGUGGAUCAUUCGAGUGUCGGUGACUUCAAAUCGGUGCUAGAGCACUCAGCCCUGGCCAGCGCAGCCGUGGGACCGGAGUCCCGUAGCCUGCUGAUCUACGACACCAAGAACGACCAGCUGGAGGGGAACGACACCGUUCUCGUCCUGGACGGGAACAGGUAUAUAGCCCCUGGAAUCAUGUCGGCCUUCACCAAGGUGUCGUCCGGAGAUAACAUGGACGAGAAAUGCAGGCAGGAGAUCUGCAUCUACUACCAGGAGCAGACAGUCCGUGCACGGAAAUGCAGCAGCAGGGGCAUCGUGGACACGCACGAGACAAUGCAUGUUGUGACGUGCGGGAGCUUGAACAUGCCGAGCAAAGAACGAGCCGUGUAUACCACAGGCACCACCAUGAGCUCAACACUCGGACCAGUGCAAGUCGAGAAAUACGAAGCCGCCGCUACGUGGAAAGUGGAGGAAUCCGUGAAAAGCAAGUUGCUCGGUCCAGCCGGCAAGGUCCUGUCUGGAGGAGGGCUCCCUGAUGCGCCGGAGAAACCCACACUGGAGCACAACAUGACGGUAAUGACGUUCCACGGGAUGCCUGUGCCUUUCUACGAGGAACUCAUGCACAGCUACCAAGCCGGGGUCGUGUACCACGCCCUGGAUGUCGACGGAGCUUGCGCUAAGGCGGCCAUCAAGCGCAAAACCAGCUGCGUCAGUGUCGUACACACUGAAGAGCACAGGCGUCGCCUACAUGAUCACCUGGUUCACUGGGUUUGGCAGCAGUUCCUGGAGACGGGCGGGGACUUGUUCCAGGUAGGCCUGCCUUAG